AUGGGACGAGCGCAAAAAGUUAUUUUCAAAGACCUCUGCGCAUUCGACCCUAAAAAAGCAGCAGAAAGUCUUCGUUUACGGCAUGACUGCUACAUGAUUGUUGUUGCACGUAUUUUAAAUCAAGCUCGUCUCAAGGGACUGAAGGCAUAUAGGAAAGAUCUUCACUAUGAUUCAGAUGAUUCAGAUGAGUUGACGGAAGAGACCCUUGAUGUAACAAUGUUGGAAUCAGAGCAAAUUGAAUAUCUGCUCGAAUAUGAAACAAUAGAAGAAGGUGAAGACAUCGAACAGCGACGCAAGGGUCAUUAUGUUUACGAGGACAAUUUCAAUCCAUCAGUGAUCAAUAUGAUCGAAAGCAAAACAUCUUAUGAAAGAUUAAAAGAAGUCUGUCGUUUUUACGAACAACGAGAUGGGACAGAUGUUGAGAAAGCGAUGGCGCAACAUGAGAGUCGUGCAGAAAAAUCCGCAAAAAUUUUCCUCAAGAAAAAUCCACGGAUAUCUCAAGAUGAAGCUAAAUCAUUAGGGCUGGCCAUUUCAUUUUAUACAGGUGCUAGAAGUGAAACAGUUAGUCGAGGAGCAAGUCUCGUCGCUCGACAAGCAAAUGGAGUUAUCAUCGAUGAAAACAUAAGGCAAGAACUAAAGGAAGCAGCGAUUAUUCUUUAUUAUUUGGUGAAGGCACUUUCAUAUAUACCUUACCAUUGGGGUUUUGUCACACGGUGUUGUAAGCUCGAAGAUGAGGAACUAGAUCUUUACACACCUGGUUUUCUGAUUACUUGGAUUCAGUUCAGUAGUUCCACCAAGGGUAAAAAAGAAGCUGAUGCUUUCAAGAAUCGAAACGCAAUUUUCAAAAUCUUUUCUCUAACUGGGCGGCCAAUCCAAGAUUUUUCGAACUUUCCUGAAGAAGAUGAAGUUUUAUUUUUACCUCAUUCAACAUUCGUUGUAUUUCAGCAUUUGAUAAGUCACCAUGGAACACAGCACAUUAUUUAUAUGCGGCAGGUUGAAUUAGGUCUCUGCCAAUGGUCGGUUUUAUGGGUGGACGAUAGAAUAUUCAAUCCAAAGUGGGAAAACAAGGCUCACAUGGAAUCUGCAGCGGCAAAAUCGCUCAAUUUAAAUGUACAUUUCAUUCCAAAAUCGUCCACUGAUAGUGCACUUUCAUUCCUUCGGUCUCCGUUUGGACAACGUCUGAAAAACAAAAAUACAUUUCGUAUCGUUACUGACAUGAAUCGUGAAAAUGAAAAACAAACGCAUAAUGCUGGAGCAAGGUUGAUAAGAGCAUUACGAGAGCUGGGUUUUGAAAAUGAAUGCAUGGUAUUCACGAGUGACGAGCGCAAGGCGAAGCAAUAUCUUAGAUCAGAAUUAAAAUCAGAAGAUCCAGAAUCUGUAGUCGUCACUAUUGACACAAGUAAACUGCGAGAAUUCGUGGAUUUUGGACGCAGUCCAGGAGCAGCAUACCAAUCGAACACAGCAAGUUCAAGUGCAGCAAGUAAAUAUGAGAUACCGCCUAAUCAGAAUAACUGUGUUUUGCUUACUACUGGUUCUUUCAAUCCUGUUCAUCCUGGCCAUUUCCGAAUUCUUCGACGUGUAAAAGAUUAUUUUGAACGUGAAUAUGAGCCGCAAUGGAACGUUCUUGCAGGAUAUAUAUCACCGACACAUGAUUCUUACGUCCUCUCAAAGUUGACCGACGCAGCAUGGAUUCCUGCUACCGAUCGAUGCAAGCUUAUUGAAGGAGCCAUCAAGCAUGAAGGAGUAGCAUUAUCGUCCUGGGUUGCUAUUUCACGAGGUGAAAGUGAAUGGCCUGCUGGUUUUGUUGAUUUUGAUGAAGUGACCGAAAAUUUUCGCGAUUUUCUCAAUUUUACUCUCGUCAAUAAGAAGAAAUUUGUCAAGUAUCCUAUAAAUGUCAUUUAUGUUUGUGGCCUAGACCAUUUUAAUAAAUGUCCUGCAGUAGCAAGAAUGACGAAGCAAGAUUAUAUAGCAAGUGCGAUUGUUUACAGAUCUGGUUAUGAAGAACAACACAUUCGCAACUCAUCCAAGGCGUCUGGUGUUAUUUACGUAUCAUUGACAGGUGAACGUGAUGAUCUUUCGGAAAUGAGUUCAACCAAAAUCCGAGAAUUUUUUCAGAAACCCACGACAAGCACGGCAAAAAUAGAAAGAUUUAUCUACCCUAAUGUUCGUGAAUAUAUGAUCAAGAAGCAGAAAAGCUAA